AGCGGGCCAAACCGCGGACCCGCCGCGAAGGCGUCCGGAUUCUGCUGGAAUCUUCCAGGCGUGCCGCGCGCCCUCCCCGAUUUUAUAACAGCGGGAGUCCCGUCGAGGUCACCGCCGUGGAUUGCAAGGUCUCCGUUCGCCGCCCGCCGCCCGCUGGUCGGCCUCCGCUCGCCGCUCCCCCCCGCCCAGGUUUCAACCCUGAGCAAGCGCAAGAUGGCUGCCAAUGUUGGGGAAUCGGCGGCAGUCGGUGGCAGCAGCAGCAGCGAUGCAGCCGGAGGGAGCUUCGAGUGCAAUAUCUGCUUUGAGUUGCCACAAGAGCCAAUAGUAACUCUCUGCGGCCACCUAUUCUGCUGGCCGUGCCUCUACAGAUGGCUGCACAUGCACGCGAACACGCCAGAGUGCCCUGUGUGCAAGGCCAUUGUUGAAGAAGACAAGCUUGUCCCCCUUUAUGGCCGUGGCAAGGACCGCGUCGACCCAAGGUCAAAGAACACGCCUGGCGCCGACAUUCCUCAGCGCCCAGCUGGCCAGAGGCCCGCGACAGCCCCACAGGCUGAUCCAAACAACAAUUUCGGCAACGCCCAUGCAAACCCAUGGUUCAUGGGCGUGGGUGGCGCAGGGGCGGGGGCGGGUGUCCCGCUGGCGAAUGCACGGUGGGGCAACUAUGCGUUCUCGGCCGCAUUCGGGGGCCUGUUCCCCAUGCUCAGCUUCCAAAUGCAUGGGUUUCCAGAUCCAGCCGCAUAUGCCCAGCCGGCUGGGUUUCACUAUGGGUUUGGCCAUGGCCAUGGGUUCCAUGGCGGGCAUAUGGGGCCUGCCCACGGCGUCCCCCGUCAAGGGCCGCUAGGGCAGCAGCAGCAGCAGGCGGAUGUCUACCUGAAGGCCCUUCUUAUCAUGGUCGGGGUUCUCGUGAUUGCAAGCCUCCUCGCGGCGUAAAUCUGUUGCUGCUAAUGCUAUCAUCAAAUUGCGGUGGUGUUUGGUAGAGGUUCUGUUCCGUUUGAAUUUCAGUUUGUAUGUAUGGAGUGUCCAUGGAGUUCCUGUGUCUAUCUAGAUUUGGAUGAUCUAGAUUUUGACUCCUUUGAUUUGAUAAAACGGUGUGUACAAUUGUUGGGGGGAUCAUCUCCUCGUUCCUGUAACCUGUAUCAAUCUAGAUUGGACAGUGUAGAUCUCAGUACAUUAUUACAUGUAAUAAUUCUCAUGUUUGCACAAAGUGAAAAUUCGUAUACCUUUUGACAGCAA